AUGGCAGUAAAGAGACCAAUUUUAUCAUCAAUAUUAGACAGUAAGGCCGCCAUUGGCGAGCAAGGCUUAAAACUACUAUGUUUGGAUUGGUUCUUUGAGGUCUUUUGGGUUAAUAUGUUCAAAUACUCAUUGCGUGUUAUUUUGAGAGUUGAGGUAAUGUAA